UUUUGUACAUAAAUGCUAUCUUACAUGUAACAUUGACAUCGUUCUGGGAAGAGAAAGAGGUUCUUUUCCGUUCUGACCAGCACUUACCUGUUUUGAUGAAUGAGGUUGUAAAAUAUGAGGAGGCGGGGCUAACACACUUAACUUGGGUUACCAAAUUAGCCUACUAUUACUAUAAGCAGGACAUUUUAUUCUCUAGAUCAAGUUUUUAAGUGAACACGAGCUACUUUCUGCGGGUUCUUCGAUGAUUUGAUCGCGCGGACUGACACAGGUAGCGUGGAUAUUAAUGAGUAACGUGGAAGUCCGUCGCAAACCAGGAAGACGCUUUAUUGUCUCGUCGAUGGCGCACUCUUACAUUUUUAGCUCACUGUAACGAGUUUUAAUGUUAAAAAGUCAUGCGAAUUUGGCGGUUUCCGUGCUUUUCACUCCUUUUUGGGUUUUUCCUGUCGUCAUUCCCGGAGCUCACAGGUAGUGCAAAGCUCAAUAUUGAUGUUGAAGCAGGCACAACCAUACGGAUUACUAGUGCCGACAAAAACACACAGUGCAAGGUUUGUAUCGGACAGAACACACAAGAGUUGUGCCAGUCGUCUGUGGUCCUCAGAAGUGGGACGGUUUUGGCCUUCAGCUGCUCACAGCCAGAGAAAGUGUUCACCGUGCAGAUCAUCAGAGAUAAUGUGAUGAAUGACAUUGAACCCAGAGAACACAAUGCCUUGCAAAAGUUCAAUCGCACCUUCAUCUGGAACCUGAAGCCACCGGCCACAAAGAGCUUACAUCUGAAUUUCAGUAGGACUGGUUUACGGCAGAUUCCCCCCACAGACAGCUGCCCAGAUGUUUACAUGCUCGCAGUGGAGAACGUCAGCAUUGGAAAGUUUUGUCAGAAUGGAUCUAUUAGACAAGUCGAUGUGCGUAAUGCUGGAAAACUGUCUUUGGAAGUGUCUGGAGGUCGAGCUCUGGACAAGAAGUUUAUCGGUGUGUCACUGGGACGUCUCAUUAACUCACUGGCUAAUUUCCAUGUUGUGCUCCCAGAGAGGAGUUCAACCCAGGACUUCUUUACCCCAAACACUUUUCCUACGAACACCGAGACGAUGUGGUAUUUUACCGUUCCCCAGACGUACUACACUGACGUGCGCAUUCUGAGCCACACUGUCCCAACAUGCCUCCAGUCUCAAAACAUCCCUAAAAUGAAGUACACUUGGCAGGGCAAAGAGCCUUUGGUGAAACUGAUGAAUGUGAGCCAGCCGUCGGUGGAGCCUGGAAACUUUAACCUCUGCAUAAAGAACUGCAGAAUAUCUGGGCCACAAAACCUGAUGGUGCACUUCCAGAUCUCUGCCAUCAAGAGAAGCAAGGGACAAUGUGAAGGGGAUCUGCCUGAGAAGCAGGUACUACAGAUACAUGUGAAGAAAAAGGAUCCCAAGUCAACCUGUGUGUUGAAACUGGAUUCGGUCAUAAUGGACACAAUCACCAUCGCUUCAGGGAAACAUUUUGUCCUGAACUCCUUCGACUGUAACAAGGAUGAAGUAGAGCUGACUGUCAGCCAGACCAUAGAAUGUAAAGAAUGGAGAGACUGUGCCUCCACUCCAUUCCCUCUAACGUUCAACUACGAGCAGCAGUGUAUCCCGGGGGUUUUGAAGACGAUCAUCUGGAUCCUUCAGGGUCCUCCGAACAGUGCGGUGGAGCUGCAGUCUCCUGCGGGAGAUCUGCGAUACUGUCCGCCUGAAGACAAAUGCAACAGCAUCCUCCUCCUAAAUGUGUCCCACGUUACCUCUGGCAUCACUCUUGGGCAGUUUUGUCCAAAGGGAACCAUUCAGAAAAUCCAAAUCCGUGAAUCCAAGAUUGCUAUAACUGCCUCCGUCACAAGUUUCAAUGACCGGAAUUUGGCAACUAAACCCUUCUUAACCUAUUCAUUUACACAAGACAUAUCAGAGCACUAUAUAUUCACUGUGGCUCCAAAAAUGGAUAACCCUACGGUGUUGGCGACCCCAGCCUGGCCGUCUGGCAUGAAAGCGUCUAGCACCGUGUCCUGGAUUGUUAACCUGGAGCCUCAGUUUAAGAGCAGUGUGAAGUUCAGAAAUGUCAGCCAGCCCAAGUGUAGAGAGGUGCACACAAACAUCGCAGUGCAGACCAUUCGCUCUCAAAAGACGCUGUACAGCACUAAAAAAGAUGAGAAGAUUAAGGAUCUCCUGGUUCCAGAAAGUUUUUACCUGAACAUGACUAACUGCAAGUCACCGACAGGAGCCUUCCGGGCGAUGAUGGAGAUCACGCUGCAAAACAGCUCAAGUAAGCUUUUGGGCAUCAUCCUGAGUAUUGUGGGAGUUGUGUUUGUGAUUGUAACAGCCGUUGGGAUCUGGUUUGUUCUCAGGAAGAAGAAGAGGAAGAAGGCUCCCCCAGUGUCCGUCUACAAUCCCAGUGAGCAUGCUUUCCUUCCAGGCCUCCAUGGCAUCCCCAAAGCACAUGAGGAGGAGGAUCCUCACACUUACGCAUACAUCGAUGAAACUCUAGUAUACAGCCAUCUGCUUACAGAUGAUGCUGAAAACGAAGAAUAUAAAGAAGGCACUACAGAUGAGAGUGAUCCACCUCUGAGUGCCCCAGCUUUACCAGUCAGAAACGCUGAAAACCCCGUCACUAAAAGCAACGCCUUGUUUGACGAUGAGCUGUGUGGUUAUGUUCAGGGACAAUCAAAUACAUCCUCCUCACUGAAGACUUCCCAAGAGGAAGGGAACUAUGAAACCAGACUGUUUGUGUGAGGGGAAGGUCCUGAUGAAAUCAAAUUUUCUACUUUAAAUGAAUGUUUGUUUGUUUUUGUUUUUUUAGCUGUCCAUCUACAAUGUUUUUAUAUUUAGUGAUUUUAUGUGUGAACAGCCUGCUUCCAUUAUAGAUGGUAUGUUUAUUUAUCUACAACUUGAAAGGAGAUGGUUUCUCUUGAAAAAGAUGGAAAUAUGACUGAAAACAGUUUGUGUGAGGGCCUUGUACCUUGGAAAUCCAUCUGCAACAUCAAAAUCCAGCCAAAAAUUAUGUAGUGUGUGCUUGCCCAAAAAUGAAAAUGAUGUCAUUAAUUAUUCACCCUCAUGUUGUUCCAAACCCAUAAGACCUUCGUUCGUCUACAGAACACAAAUUAAGAUAUUUUUGAUGAAAUCGGAGAGCUAUCCGACCCUCCAUAGACAGCAGUGCAACUGAAAUGUUGCCAGGUCCAGAAGUGUAGUAAAUACAUCAGUAAAACGGUGCAUGUGAACAUCAGUGGCUCAACUUCAGUUAUAUAUAUGUGUGUAUGCACUGUAAUACUCUCCAAAAUGGCCGAAGAUGUAACUCGAGGGCGAAGAAUGGUUGCGUAAAUUAUUUUUGUUUUCUUUGCACAAGAAAAAGGAUUCUCGUAGCAUCGAAAAAAAACUGAAAUUGUUUUUCGAAAAACACUUUUAACUGGGAACAUUUCAGUUGGAUUGCGGUCUAUGGCUCUCCGAUUUCAUCUAAAAUAUCUUAAUUUGUGUUCUGAUGAACGAAGGUCUUCUGGGUUUGGAGCGACAUGAGGGUGAAUAAUUAAUGACAUCAUUUUCAUUUUGGGGUGAAUUAACCCUUUAAGUGUCAAGAUCAACGAUGGACGAUUCCAACUCUAUCUCUGGGAAAAGUAAAUCUUUUACUAUGUGGCGAUUUUGUGUUGGGGGAAAAGGUCUACCCCUAAGGCUAACUUUCAAUGGGACACCAGCUGAUUGUAUGACAAUGUAUGAAUGAGAUUUUCGUCAUGGGAUUGGUUGAAUUAGUUUUUUUUUUUUUUUUGUACCAUCAUGAAUUCAGACUUGUUACUCUUUUGGAAAGUCUUUGAUUUUGGACACAGUGAAUAUGUGAGUUUAAACAUUGGCAGUAUUUGUGAUAAUGAAGUAAAGUCAAACAA